ACAGAGAGUGGCAUUAUUGCCUUCGCCUGCACAGGGCAGCCCGCAUCUGCACGGCAACGGCGCGACGCCACCGACGCGCCGGCGCAUUACAAUUGAUCGGUCGCAUCGCACGAGCGGCCAUGCGCCGCCUCGGCCUCCUGCUGCUGGCGCUCGCACGCGCGCAAAACGACCAAGCGAAGUGGCUGGAGAACCUCGAGCAGCUCGCGGUCUUUGUGGGAGAGCGGGGCCACCCCGACGUGCCGCUCGACCACCCGCUGGGCAAGUGGCUCGCGUCCACGCGCGCGUCGAUCCGGCGAGGUACUCUUGAUGCUGGUAGGGUGGCGGAGUUCCGGGCCGCGGGCGGCUUGGUGCACCCCAUGGAGGGGCGCUGGGACGACGCCCACGUGUUAUUGACGGAGUUUGUCCGAAGGGAGGGUCACGCCGACGUGCCGCCCGCACACCGGGAGCGGGGCGUGCCGCUCGCUGCGUGGCUGCGGCGGCAGAAGCGCGAAGCCCUGGAGGGGUUGAUGGCACCUAACCGCGUCAAGAUGCUCGAGGAGUUAGGCGUGACGGGUCUGAGGUCAAAAACAGAAAGAAAAGAGGAUACGUGGGCUCGCAAUUUCGACUUAUUAGCAAGGUACGUGGCCCAGCACAAGACGGAGCCGGGUCGCAGUGAAGUGGUCGAGGGCAAGCCGCUCGGCACCUGGCUCGCGUCGCAGAAAGUCAAAGCUGCUAGAGGUGAUUUACUACCGGAGCGAUCCAAAAAACUUUCUAGUGUGAUUACGUUGCCUUCCGUCAAGAAGAGCGCCCCGUCCUGGACCUGGCCCGGUGCCAACCCUUCUGAAAGUGUAACGAUCCCGCCCCUCGGGAAUUCAAGGAGCAAGUUUUUCACCGAGCAAACCGCACCGAAUCUAGCUACACUACCGGAGUGGUACGCCAACUGCGUCCACAGGAAGGAAACAACACUGCAAGGAAACCCGGGACGCUUCCGGGACGAGCAGAUCUACCACGUCCUUUGCUUACUCGAAGACAAGCUGUCGAAAAAAGAUCUCUCACCACUCGUUGUCGUGCAAGUCGGUUCGAAUGACGGCGACGACGCCGUGAGGGAAGCUCUCAUAUACGCGCGGAGGCACUACUCAUCAAUACCCAUCAAAGUGGUGCUGGUCGAACCGACACAACGCAAUUUCGAGAGAUUAAAAAAAGUCUACUCGUCGACGGCGGCCUUCCAAGGUCCCGGUUUCGAGGCCGAGUUCGUGCAUGGGGCCGUGUGUGACGACUGCUGUGUGAAUGAUCGAGUCAAGAUCUAUCAUCCCAAGUGGUCGAUAAUAGAGCAGUGGUACCGAGACGCCGUCGAUCAUCCGGAGAAGCACCCGAAGGCCUUCGAUACCCCUGAUGGAAGUUGGCGCCAGAAGUGGCUCUACGAACUCAACUCUUUAGAUCCAGAAAACCUCAAAAAGAAUUUCAAGAAUGACGCGGACAUAACGUAUGACGAAAUUGCCUGUUUUAAGGCUGCGUCGUUAUUGGACGCGUUUGCGGGCGGUCGCGCCGAUUAUGUGAUGAUUGACGUCGAGGGCUUCGACGAUUCCGUGGUGUACUCUUUGGAUCUGGGGAGACACCGCCCACGACUAAUAGCCUUCGAGUCGAAGGUCAUGCAGUCGGUGCGACCGGAAGCUUUAUUUGAUGUGGUGGAGUUCUGUGGGCAACGAGGGUAUAAAGCGGUGGGGCCGGUCAAGGCGAACCACGUUUGUAUUAGAGACGACCGAUCUGUCGCGAAGCCGGUGACGCCGCCCGGGAAGCCCUACUAUCCGCAGCCGCCUCCCACAAAGCCCGAGCCCCUGCCGGAGGCGAAGCGCCUCACCGCGCCCGGCACGGCCCUCGGCGCCGCCGACAAGAAAAACAAUGGAGUCGCCGAGUGGUACCUCACGAACUUCCGCGUGCGGUUUGCCAGGGAGGACGGGUCCUGGUUCGACCCCGACGUGGAGGACUUCGGGGGGGAGCCGUGUCCGGGCUGCACCGCCGACGAAAAGGCCCCGUAGCGUGUAAUAUGUGACCUGUGAAUUU